UGUGUUUUAAAAAGUUAAAAAUUUAAAUCAAGUAUCAACAAUAAUUUACUAUACUGUUGUAUUUAGACAUAGUAUUUUAGUGACUAACUUAGAGUAAUGAUUGUCGACAAUAGUUGUAUGUUUUAUUAGAAAAUUUGUACGUAGGUACAGUCCGUCUUUCUAUUCUGUUCUAGUUUUAUCUAAGUAGACUAAUGUUGUGCAUUAGAGAACACUUAUGGCGGAGCGCAAAGAAAAUAAAGACCAAACAACCUCACAGUCCACAGAUAACUAUGAUGGAUGGGGAUUUGAUUUAUUCCCCGAGAGAAGAGGUACCUACAAACCAAAUAUAAAAAAUAUUUUAUUUCAAGGACGUGGAAAUGAAAACUUGGAAAGAGUCAAGUGUGAGAGAAAAGUGGCUUACUGUAUCAACAAAAGUCCUUUGGUAAAGAUCAUGAUGGGUGCGUUGCGCAGAUCUGGUUGCGAAGUCAAUCCAUCUCGUCAUAUUGCAUGUGAACUAUGUGAUUCGAGCGUUCAUGGGGGAUAUGAUCCAAUUAUGAAUCAAGUUGUUAUAUGUCAAAACACAGCUACAUCAAAGGGUACCGUACAGGGAGUUCUCACACAUGAGCUCAUACACAUGUUCGACAAUUGUACACGUAAAUUAGACUUCCGAAAUAUUGAGCAUUUGGCUUGUACAGAAAUCAGAGCGGCAAAUUUGACUCAUUGUGGACUUGUAUCGUCUAUUCUUGAAGGGCAUUCAUCAUUUUUUAAUUUUAGAAAAAAACACCAAGACUGUGUAAAACAUAAAGCCACUAUUUCUGUAUUGGCUGUUAGAGAUGUCACCUAUGAACAAGCAAAAGAAGCAGUUGAGAAAGUAUUUGAUCGUUGUUAUGCAGAUUUAGAACCUAUCGGGAGAAGAAUUAGAGGAAGAGCAGUUGAUUUUGAACUUGCAUAUGCUGAAGCUUUUUUAAUGGGCUAUGAUUAAUAGUUAUUAAUUUAUGUUAUUGUGUAGAAUAAAAAACAAUAUUAGGUGUACAAAAAAAUGUAUUUGAAAAUUAAAACAAUAUAAAAAAUAUAGAAAAUAUUUUUACUAAUG